AUGGUCGGCGGUCAGAGAAUAGCCACCAGGAGGAGAACUGGAGGCGAAAGCUCAUCAGGGACUAGGACAAACUUACCACCAAACUCUGGCUUCCAGAAAUUCUAUGGCUUUACUUCCUCUGGAAUCCAAAUGGGCCAACAAUCUGUAUUACUCUUUGCUAUCAUGUACAUGGGCGCUGUUGUCAUUAUGCACAUUGUCUCGCGCAUCAACUUUGGCUACAAGGGUUAGCUUUGAACCUCUAAAUUUUGUGGGUUUGU